ACGUCGACGCGGUGCAUUGUGGGUAGGUCAGGGAACGAGAGUGGAGGACGCCAUGUGCUUGUGAGUGUGACAGCGAGACUGCCAAAUUUGUGCUGUGUUAUUAGCAGCUGGGAUUGGUCUAGUUGUUCUGAAAGAAACGACAGGAAAUAAACAUGUACUGCACUUUGCACUGCAUCCGGAACUCGCUGCGGAUAGCCGCAAAAACACACCGGCAUCACCUGUCUGCUCCGGCUCUGUCUGCACUGCGAGCGCUCCACUGUAGCCCCGCCCGUCUCUCGGACGCCAUAGCGACGCCGCCGUUGGAUGGCGCGCCCAAGCAGUACUCUCCCAAAAUCCAGCAGCUGGUCAACGACAUCGCCAGUCUCACCCUGUUAGAGGUGUCCGACCUCAACGAGCUGCUCAAGACAACGCUGAACAUUCAGGAUGUCGGGAUGAUGCCGAUGGGCGCGAUGGCCGGCACGCCGACCGCCACAGCAGCUCCGGUGGCGGAGGAAGACGCGGCCCCGGUGAAGAAGGAGAAAACCCAUUUCACAGUGAAACUGACCGAGCUGAAGGCGGAGGAUAAAGUCAAACUGAUUAAGGAAGUGAAGAACUGCAUUCAGGGGAUAAACCUCGUACAGGCUAAGAAGCUGGUGGAGUCGCUGCCGCAGGAGAUCCGUGCGAACGUUUCCAAAGAGGACGCAGAGAAACUGAAGGCGGCUCUUGAAGCAGCAGGGGGCACUGUGGUUCUGGAGUAGAUCACCGUAGCACCAUGCCGUCCACCCUUUUCAUUUCUCUCUCUCUUUUUUUUUUUUUUAUUUUAUUUUAUUUUUUUUUACAACAAAGCUGAAAAGAGUUUUGGACACAGGUGAAACGUGAUGUAACCGGGUGUGUGGACUCUCAGACUGAACUCUAGCAGGCCGCAGGCUCGCAUCCUCGCAUCCUCUCACCACCCGGCCAUCACACCCGUCUGUCCGUCUGCAGAAAUACAGACGGUAUCGGAGUAAUGUCUGUCUGUGUGUCUCACAUCAUUGCAGCGAGGACGUGUGUCCUGGACAUGUAGAGACGUGCGCCAUUGUCCACGGGUUUAAAUAAAUGUCGUAUUGUAAUGUUGAAAA